GUACAAACACCUGCCUGGUAAGCUGUAAUAGUGUAGGAGGGUCCCUUGUAGAAUUUAUUAGGGUUUCUUUCUGGGUCUUUUUCCUUCUUUCUUUUCAUGUUGUUUUGAAAUCUCAUGGCAUGUUUAGACAUGUACAACUCCGAGCACAAAGGUCGCUGCACUCCAAUGAGCCCAAGAAUCUCCUUCUCUAAUGAUUUUGCUGAGUCUCAACAUAUGAUGAAGCAAGAGAGGAGCACAAGAGAGGCUCCAGUCUCCUCAGACUUUGAAUUUUCAGUCACAAACUACUCAAUGAUGAGUGCGGAUGAGCUGUUUUUCAAGGGUAAACUUUUACCAUUUAAAGACAACUGCAAUAAUCAAAUGCACAGGACUUUGAGGGAAGAGCUUCUUGCUGAGGAUGAUAAUGAUAGUCAAGUGUCACUGAAGCCCCCAAAGGGUUAUUCUACAGGGUGGAAGGGAUUUCUGGGUCUCAGGAGAACCCACAUUGGCUCCAAGAAAGCUGAAAAGAGUGAUGGGUCAGUGGGGAAAGUUGGUGAAAGUAAAAAGUCUAUUUUUGCUAAUGAGGAUAACCAUGUUACCACUAAGACUUCAAAGGAGCUUCUGAAUGAAGGAGGGUCAAGUUGCAGGGAUUUGGAGAUUGGGAUAUAGUAGUCUUGUUCAAGGUGGGUGGGUGCUGUAGAGAUGUGGAGCAAAUUUUAUAGAAACUGGUGGGGUUCAUGCAUUUUCUACUACUUUUAGCGGAGGUUCGGAUAGACUUAGAUUGUCUUAAUUCUGUUAGUGGGUUUGGGUUUAACUCGGUUUCAUUUGGAGUUUGACUAUCUGUAUUUCUAUUAUAUGUUAACUAGAGAAGUUGGUGUUUUGGCUGUUUUCUUGUACAAAAUGUUUGCAGUUGAAGAACUUCUUCUGUAUCAGGUUAUGCACUGAUUUAUAAGUCUAUCUUUAUGUUGUAGUCGGAUCUACUUAUGUAAUUUCUUUGACUUGGAUCUAUCGGUGUAGUAUUAAUCAA